UCACGGUCGGGCAGGCGCUGUUUGCGGAGCUUAUACAUAACAUAGCCAGGAUGCACAGCCACACAUGCAACUGUCUGAAUGUGAGGCUGGACGUGGUGCAGCUGCUGGCUGAGCCGCCAGCGGACGUGCCGGAGCCGCUGCAGCGCGAGCCACUGCUGGCCGCCGGCUGCCUCUGGGUGCUUCUGGGGCCGGACGGCGCGAGCGUGGAGCAUGCUACGCUUCUGCAGCAGCACUCGGUGUCCGGCGCCAGUGACUGGACUGUCUGUCGGUGCCUCAACUGCGGCUGCGUGACGCACGCCACUUGCGACCGGGCCGGCGCCGCCACCGCCGUCAGCAAGUACCUCCUGUCGGAGCCGGCGCGGAUCGCGGCGCUGCAGCGCAGCGAGCGCUACUCACCGGCCUUCCGGAUCGUGCUGCCGCAGCUGGCCGGCGCGCUGGAGCGCUCGCUGGCGCCGCCGGCCAGCCCGCGCUCGCACCCGGCGCUGACGGCAGCGCUCCGCCACAUGAAGCUGAACGUCACCUCUUUCAUUAAGCGCGAAGAACACCGGAUAGAAACGGUAGUCCAGAACUUCAGGGAUGAAAAGCUGGCCGAACUGAAAGAAAGCAAGCAACGGGCUUUCGAGGACUCUCAGGCGUUCAAGAGUCUGCUGCUGCGGGUGGAGGACCAGCUGCGUUUGUCGGCGGACGCCGGUGGCGCACCGCUGUCCUCCGAAUCCGAGGGACAGGACACCGUGCCGCCGCUGCGUUCCGAGCGGCGGCCCUCUGGUGUGCCCAACCAGGACAUGGUUGGCGUGUUCCUAAUGGAUGGAGAUGACAUCGAAGUAGCUGAGGAGGUGGACGAACACUUCCUGCAGGAUGACGAGGAGCCGGACACGGACGACUCGGGCGUGGAGGAGCCGCGCCCGCUGGCGACGCCGGGCCGCGGCUCGCGCGCCGUCGAUCUCGCCCACUCGCUGCCCGUGCACAUCCCCGUGCCGGCAGCGGUGCUGGCACUGGGCCGCCAGCGCCCGUCGGCCGUGGAGGAGGAGGUGCCGUCCAUCGACCAGAUGGCCGACUCCAUACGCCAGCUGGCGCAGAGUCUGCACACGGAGCCGGGCUGCUUCGCCGACCUUCCGCGACCGCGAACCAACACCAUGAACCGCUGA